AUGCUUACGUCACGGUGGUGACAAAACCCCCACAAUGCACUGUCCUGUUCACCUCAGAUAAACUGAACCAAACAUUAACAUAUCUCUGAGAGUGAAUAACUUUAAUUUAUCGCUUUAAUUCAUCCCAUAUCUCCGGCGACUGUUGUUCCUGUGGUCUGCUGUUUGGGCGUUGGUUGUAUCCAGGGGCUGGCUGAUUGUUGCUGGUCCAUCUUCCCAGCCUGUGGCUGUGGGAUCAGGGUUGAGGAUGGAUCCAGAAUAUGAACAUCGCCUCCUCCGCCAAAUCAACAUUCAAAAUGACAACUUAAGUCCUGUUAAAAUGACACAGAGUUUAUACAGUCGAACACCCACUGGAUCCCCGUUAUCCUCGCCCAGUAAGCUUGGAGACAGAUUUAUUCCGACCAGAGCAGGGGCCAACUGGAAUAUUAACUUCCACAGGAUCAAUGAAAAUGAGAAGUCACCGAGUCAGAACAAAAAAACUAAAGAUGCCUCUACUGAUAAUAUCAAAGCAGAUGGGCUGGCCUACUCUGCUUUGCUGAAGAAUGAGCUGCUGGGAGCAGGAAUAGAAAAGAUUCAGGACCCCCAGACAGAAGACAGGCGUCUACAACCAUCCACCCCUGAGAAGAGGAGUCUCUUCACUUAUUCACUCAAUACCAAAAGGUUGUCUCCAGACGAUGGCACCAACAUCUCCCCCUACUCCCUAUCACCUGUCAGCAACAAAAGUCAAAAAUUGUUACGUUCACCGAGAAAGCCAACUCGGAAGAUCUCAAAGAUCCCCUUUAAAGUGCUUGAUGCUCCAGAGCUGCAGGACGACUUUUACCUCAAUUUAGUGGAUUGGUCGUCUCUCAACGUGCUCAGUGUCGGGCUGGGCACGUGUGUUUAUCUUUGGAGUGCCUGUACCAGCCAGGUAACAAGGCUGUGUGAUCUAUCUGUGGAGGGAGACUCAGUCACGUCAGUCGGAUGGUCUGAAAGGGGUAACCUGGUGGCAGUGGGGACUCACAAAGGAUAUGUUCAGAUCUGGGACGCUGGUGCAGGGAAGAAACUCUUUGCCUUGGAAGGACACACAGCUAGAGUUGGAGCAUUGGCAUGGAAUGCAGACCAGUUGUCCUCAGGAAGCCGUGAUCGUAUGAUUCUUCAAAGAGACGUACGGACGCCUCCACUGCAGUCAGAGAGACGUCUGCAGGGACACAGGCAGGAAGUGUGCGGCUUAAAGUGGAGCACUGACCAUCAGCUGCUCGCUUCUGGUGGCAACGACAACAAGCUGCUGGUCUGGAACCACUCCUCGCUGAGCCCAGUGCAGACAUACAUGGAUCACCUGGCUGCAGUUAAAGCCAUCGCCUGGUCCCCCCACCAGCAUGGCCUGCUGGCCUCUGGAGGCGGCACUGCUGACCGCUGUAUUCGAUUUUGGAACACAUUAACGUCACAGCCGCUGCAGUGUAUGGACACCGGUUCACAGGUCUGCAAUCUAGCCUGGUCCAAGCAUGCUAACGAGCUGGUGAGCACCCACGGCUACUCUCAGAACCAAAUCUUGGUGUGGAAAUAUCCAGCUCUCACUCAGGUGGCCAAGCUCACAGGACACUCGUACAGAGUCCUCUACCUGGCGAUGUCCCCGGAUGGCGAGGCAAUAGUGACAGGAGCCGGAGACGAGACCCUACGCUUCUGGAAUGUAUUCAGCAAAACAAGGUCGACAAAGGAAUCUGUAUCAGUUUUAAAUCUCUUCACCAGGAUACGGUAACUUCAAGCUAUUAUUAAAAACACUUCUAGUUUGAAUGGAUCCUGCUGUCGUCACUGGACCGCUCAUAAACACGGUGCUAAGGACAAACAGAACAAUCUAAAGAAUCUCCUGACAUUUUGGAAAUGGAAAUGGCAGCAAGAACAACUGAACUACUUUUUUUUAACGCUAACAAUUCUUUGGGAAGUUCUUCUUGUGCUCUCACUUUGAUUGUUUUUUCUGUUUUUUACCUUUUAAAAAUGUAUAAGUGGACAUAUUUCCAUUUGUUUUGUAUUCACAACAAGCAAUCAUAGGCCUUACCUAAAAAUAUUGUGAUACUGUUUUCAUUAUGGUGGAAUCAGAAAUGUGGAGAGAGCAUUUUUAGUUAUUGUUUAACUCAGGUCUAAUUUAUUGAACUCAUUUACUAUAUGAAAAAAACAUUCAGUGACUGAAUCAUCUGUCAUGGAGAAAUUGAGAUUAGAUGGAGAAAAAUGCCUUUAACACAAAGUGACUAAAACAUAACAAGUAAACAUAAUCACCUACUAAGGCCUCUACAGUGUGUGCACCAUGUUUACUGUGAUCCUCAGAGAACAAAGGUUGAAGAGUGGUUGGUUGAAAUAAUGCUGUUUGCUCCUGUGGACGGAAAGUCUAAUGCUGUGCAUCUAGACAUAAACUACAUGGUUGAUUCUUUGUAGUAAAGGAAGAAAUAAAAGAUGAUAGCACUGAA